CCCGUUCAGACUGUUCUAUUCUACAUGCGUGCUACUUCUCGCGAUGACUCCGAGAUUGGUGCCGCCGCAUCUAUUCUAUGUGCGAGCACGGACGGUGCUCUGCAUACUUUGUGAGGUGUCCCAGCACACCUGCCUUCUGGCUGAUCCAGGGAAAACGCCCUGGUACCACAUGCUCCAUCCGCCCAAUCCCAUCAUUACCAAACAGAGAAAAAAAGAAAGAAACAAAAAAUUCAAGGAGCGCAAAACCGCAGCUCCUACAAUAAACCACACGUACAUCCGCCCCUCGCAACAAGCACCACAAUUCCAACCCACCCGAGACAAGACCAACCCCGGUGCCGAUCCUGCGUGACGGCAUGGCACUCUGCGCGUGCGGCAGAAUCUCGCGGUGCGCAUCUGGACGCGGAGCCAAGUGCUUGGUUGUGCUGCCGCGCACACGGAGCACGCCCGCGCACGCAUGAGCCCGUGUCAGGUGCGGCGAUCUGUGAAGUUCUGUGGGGAAGAGAUGGUGCUGUGGACGGGAUGAGCACCGUCGGUCCAGAGCAGGGUAGCACUU